AUGCCGCUGCGCACCGAGCUGCUGAUUUGGGGCGGCCUGCCCAUCGGCGUGGCGGCCAUCACCUCCCUAGCCCUCAAGGCCGCCGAGCGCAUACACCUCCAUUUUGCGCUGAGGGCGGCCCAGGAGGGUCCCAGGAGACCCCGCCUUCGGCUGCCUGCGCCCGCCCCUACCUACGACGAGGAUUCCCGAUAUGUCGACGAAUUCAGAGGCCAGCAGGUCAUGACCGCCGUCCUGGCCAUCAGUCACCACUUCUGCAAAAAUGGCACCCGGGAUGAGGCCAGAAAGCGAAAAGCCGCCUCGAUAGCGCACAUAUCCAGGGAGAUACAGGCACUGCACACGUCCCUGCCCCUGCACUGGGAGAGCUCCGUGUUCCUGGCGGUGGAUGAGGGCCACAUGGACAUCAUGCGUGCGCUGAUCAUACCGGGGGGCGCCACGCCGUACGCCAACGGGUGCUUCGUCUUCGACGUGUACCUACCGCCGGACUACCCGCAGGUGCCGCCCAAGGUGCACUUCAUGACCACCGGCGCCGGAAAUGUGCGGUUCAAUCCCAACCUGUACAGCGACGGGAGGGUGUGCCUGUCGCUUCUGGGAACCUGGGAUGGGCCUUCGUGGAAGCCGGGGUCGUCUACCCUGUUGCAGGUGCUCGUUAGCAUUCAGUCCAUGAUUUUCACGGAGGAGCCAUACUGGAACGAGCCUCGACAUGGGGACCGACGGGGGAGGCGGCGGGACGAGAAUCAGUCCUGGUUGUACACACUCAUUUCUCGGUACCACACGCUCGUGCAUGCCAUCAAGCCGGUGAUUAGGCACCCACCCCAUCCGUUUGAGAACGUGUGCCACACACAUCUGAGGCUCAAGCAGCAGGCCAUCAGGCAACAGUGCGACGACUGGCUGCGGGAAGCAAAGGGCUGGAAGUACGAGCCGCAAAUGGCUCACGCGGUGGAAAAGGUGAAAACCAUGCUGCGUUACUUGUGA